GUGGAACCAGCGACGGCGGCAUUGGCAACCGUCCCAUUAAAAACAGCCUUGAGCGGCCUUAUACUCUUCCUCUCCAUUUCUUCUGCUUUCGUUUUUUUUUUUUUUUUUUGACUGAGACUGCAACAUUCUCGCGUAAGCAAAAUCAAAACCCCAAAACAACAAAUAAUAAUUAAAGAAAACCCUGGAAUCUGCCCAAAAAUAUUACUGCCCAAAAACGUUACGUUUGGCAUCCCUUCAGAAUUUGCUGCUUAGAAAGAGAAACUGAAGUUGAACAACAAAAAGAAAGAGUUGGAUUUUUAGUUUGGUUUGGUAGUGGCGUUCUGCUCUAUGAUUUGUUGUGGGAAAGGCAUGGAUCGGAAGGAGAAGGGAAAGAAGCAACCGACAUGGAGGAUUUUUUCAAUGAAAGAAUUGCAUUCAACGACCGAUAAUUUUAAUUAUGAUAACAAGCUUGAAGAAGGGGGAUUUGGCAGUGUUUAUUGGUGUCAGUUAUUGGAUGGAUCACAGAAUCAGCUCUGCCGCUGGCUUGUGAAGGGAACUUCUGUGAAGUGGCAGAUCCAAGGUUGAAUAGGAAGUACGUGGAAGAGGAGUUGAAAAGGGUUGUCCUUGUGGCA